GGACAGCUUCCAGGGGGGAGGGACCUCUCCGACUCCCAUUAAAGAACAGAAGCUAUAAAAGAGAGCAGACUGCAGCCGGCACUCUGAGGCGCUCGGACCACACCAGACCAGACCGACACCAAGGAGCCGGGGUGAAUAAGGCAGAGCAGAGGAGACAGAUCAAGAGGACGAUAAGGAGACGAUAAGGAGACGAUAAGGAGGCGAUCAUCAGGAGGAGGUGACACAGAGUCAGAGAGCAUCACAGCGAGGAGGAACAGGUCCUUUCUGCAGCAGACAUGCCUAACUUUGCCGGCACCUGGAAGAUGAAGAAGAGUGAGAAUUUUGAUGAACUUCUCAAAGCCCUGGGAGUGAACACCAUGCUGAGGAAGGUGGCGGUGGCGGCAGCCUCCAACCCUCACGUGGAGAUCCGUCAGGACGGCGAGCAGUUCUACAUCAAGACCUCCACCAGCGUCCGCACCACCGAGAUCAACUUCCACAUCGGGGAAGAGUACGACGAGGAGACGGUGGACGGGAGGAAGUGCAAGAGCCUGGCCACCUGGGUUUCAGAGAACAAGAUGUACUGUAAGCAGACUCUGGUGGACGGCGACGGCCCCAAAACCUACUGGACCCGAGAGCUGAGCGGCGAUGAGCUCAUACUGACUUUCGGGGCGGACGACGUCGUGUGCACACGGAUCUACGUCCGGGAGUGAAGCUCUGCAACCUCAUCAGGACAAGACAGACACCCACAGCAGCACGCUAACACGCUAACACGCAAACAUGCUAACAGUAUCCUGUGUGAGCUCUCAGCAUCAGUAUCAUAGUCUCCAUAAACACUAGCAGCGUCUCUGUAAUCUGGUUUUUCGUAGUGAAUUUUGUGUCUGCAGCUCAUAUCCGCUGCGUACGUAGGAUCUAGUCCUCAGUGGCAUCAAGUAUUCAUGUUCAAUGACAGGAAACAAUAAAAUAUGGAACAAACGGUA